AUGUAUCGAAUGAACACGCCAGCUGAGGUCAAUGUAACCACUUAUCCUGAAUUACGCGAGAUUACCGGAUCUCUAGUAUUUAAUUUAGUAGCCGGAAAACAAUUAACUUCAUUGAGUUUAAUGUUCCCAAAUCUUCGUGUAAUACGUGGCAAUCAAUUCUUUUAUGGAUUUACUUUACUUUUCUACUUUAACAACCAACUGCUCGAUAUGGCAUUACCAUCUCUUACUAGAAUCCAACGUGGCAAUGUCCGAAUCCAACAGAACCGCGAGAUGUGCUAUCAUAGCACUAUCAAAUGGUCAAGCUUAAUGGGAACAAAUGAUUCACCGGAUAAAGUAAUCGCUAAAUCUUUACGAGCAAAUUGUCCUUCUUGCCCUAGCAGAUGCAACGGCUACUGUUGGAAUUCAGAACACUGUCAAAUUAUAUGCGAUAACUGUGGUGAAUCUGGCUGCGAUAGUAAUGGAAAGUGCUGCCACUUUCAGUGCUUGGGUGGUUGUUCUGGUCCUUCAGCAAAGGAUUGCUAUGUAUGUAGGCAUCAGAAUUACAAUGGAACUUGUAUGACAGGAUGCCCUAUUGAUACUUUUGAGAUGGAAGGCCACUGCUUUGAACGUUGUCUUCAGGGAUAUUAUAUACACUUAAAUUCACGUAAAUGUGUCCGAAAGUGUCCGAUAGGAUGGACAGAAGACGAAUCAACUAAAACCUGCGUAGUCUGUAAUAACUGCAAGAGAGAAUGCGAAGUAAAAGAUAAAGAAGAAAUAACGAGAACUUUUACUAUUUCAGAAUGCGAAGUAAAAGAUAAAGAAGCUGGAGAUAUAGUAAAAGAACUAGAAAAUGCUCUUAGCAGUGUCGAAGAAAUCGAAGGCUAUCUUGAUAUUUCUAGUACACCUUCGAUCGUCAGCUUAGAAUUUUUGAAGAGAUUAAAAAUUAUUCAUGGUAAACAGUUAGCAAGAGCUGACAAAACAGGACAAGGGUAA